AUGUGCAUCCGCACGACACUAUGCGUGGCCGUCGUGGUCGCGGCGGCGUGUGCCGUUAAUUGCCAGGAACUAAAGUCGCCAGAAAGAGACAACUUGACUGUAAUGCAGUUUAAUACAAUCGGCGAAACUGAUAAAAAUUUCUGGGCUUGGUUGUAUGGUAUUAUAUCCGCUGGUGGAACCUCAACAACAACGCCCACGUCAACGACUGAACUUCCAAGACCAGUAAAACCGGAAGAUUGUUUACCAUGCAAAUGCGGUUUGACGAACACGCAGAGACGCAUAGUAGGCGGUGUUGAGACCCAGGUUAAUCAAUAUCCAUGGAUGGCAUUAAUGAUGUUCAGAGGACGAUUUUAUUGCGGUGCAUCGGUUAUAAGUUCUCGUUACGUAUUGACCGCUGCACAUUGUGUCGACAGGUUUGAUCCGAAUCUCAUGUCGGUGCUGUUACUGGAGCACAAUCGCAAUUCCACUACAGAGGCAGAGACGCAAUUAUUCCAAGUCGAGAAAGUGAUCAGGCAUAGCGGUUACUCGACGAACAACUAUAACAAUGACAUCGCGCUCGUCAAACUGAAGGACACCAUUCGAUUCGAGGGAAAGAUGAGGCCUGUUUGCCUUCCGGAACGAGCGAAAACUUUCGCCGGGUUGAACGGAACAGUAACAGGUUGGGGGGCGUUGGCAGAGUCUGGCGCCAUAUCGCAGACUCUACAGGAAGUCACGGUUCCGAUUCUCACUAACACUGAGUGCCGCGCUACUAAAUAUCCGGCGCGAAGGAUCACGGACAACAUGCUGUGCGCUGGUUACAAAGAGGGAAGCAAGGAUUCGUGUCAGGGAGACAGUGGUGGCCCCCUUCACAUCGUCAACGACAAUGCACAUGAAGUAAUUGGAAUAGUAUCCUGGGGCGAAGGAUGCGCGAGGCCUGGCUACCCAGGCGUUUACAGCAGGGUGAAUCGUUACCUCUCGUGGAUAGAACGCAACACCGAGGACGCGUGUUACUGUUAACUGAGAUAAUACUGUUAUUUUUAGAUUCAUCGUCUUGACUGAAAACUCGAUACUCGUAAUAGGACUAUUUUUCGAAAGACCAGAAAUUCGUCCUUGUUGAAUAUUUCUUCCUGGAAUGUAGGAGACUCUUUUGACAAUUUUUA